AUGCCCUCUGUCGAGCAACGUUGCUCCACAGAUCCGUCAGAAGAAUCCCAUUUCGGCCUCUUCAAUUCGCGAUUGUACUCUUUCGGUUAUUACCUAGCAUUCAUGACACUAGGUGCGGAUAGGCACAAAAAAGCCAAACUGAUGAAAGGAGGGGGUCGAUCUAAUCGACUGGUCCCGGUCCCUUCCUCCAAAAUUUCGAGCCUUGUGCCUAGAGUAGAAAAGAUUUUCAAUGUCGUUCUCUUAUGUCGUCAACGCUUAAAUGCUUCUUUAUGUUCUUUGUCACAGAUAGAGAGAGAACAGUACCCCUGCUGUCCGCAGUCUUAUUCCAGUUACAUUGUAACGUUCGUUUUACGCCGGCACUUCGGAGCCUCCGGACAGGUACUGAUUAUCCCAGCUAUAAUAAUCGCAGCACUGAUUCCUUUUAUGCUCUUGUUACCUUCAGAAUCUAAAGAACGUAUAACCCUAGGAAUCGCCCUCGUGGUAAUAAAUGUCAUACAGAUUAACGUCAUUACUAGCAGUAUAGAGAAAAGCUAUGCGAGUAUCCCGAAUAUUUUGAAGUACCACGUGCUUACGUUGAUCUUGGUUGUUUUGUCUGUGAUUCUGUCAAUAUUCAUCCUGAACAUUUACAACAGAGGACCAAGAAGAAAGAAGAUGCCGCAGAUAUUGCGAACGAUAUUCCUGAAAGGAUUACGUAGGUUGGUUUGUCUUGGAGACGAUACUUACCGACCGACUGACGAGCAAGAGGCAAUGAGCAUGCGCGGAAAAGACGUCGUCGUUGGAGUAAAUGAGGAAAAGCCUCCACAGACAUCCGGCGGAAAUAUGGACAAAAUCAACAAACACAUGCAAUCUUUGGCACAGCGAGAUAGCAUCCUGGAUGCUCGCCAAGAAAUACUUGCCGAAUGGCAGCAGUUGGCGAUGGUCAUCGAUCGCAUCCUGUUUAUUUUGUUUUUGAUUGUUUUUAUUAUCUCUACAAUAAGUCUCUUUUCUGUUACCUCGUAUUAGGGGACUAAGCGUGCAUUAUUACUUAUUUGCGUAUAUAUAAGAAUAAAAUGGAAGAGACUUCACAUAUAUAUACUCUAAGCUUAUACAUAGAAUAUAAGUAAUGACAAAUAUGAAAAAUUUGAUUCUCUGUUUACAAUUGUUUCAUCAUUAUUCGAUAUAACAAAUCUUGCAAAACAUGCUGUAAACAAGCUGGUAACUGUUGAUUAGUUCUCUUGUGAUAUAUUGCAGUUCUAUAAUAACGCUUUGAAUAUAAUUUCUGCAAAAUACUUUACGCAGAAAGAUUAUAUGUAAUAAUGACAUUAAUCAAGAAAUGAUUAGAAACGAAGUAUCCUUCAGUUUUCAUUAAUAUAUAUACAUAUAUAUAUA